GGUCCCGCCCGGCGCCUUCCUUCGCGGAGCGGCGACCCGAGCGCGGCCCGGCCGAGCGCGCGGGAGCUCCCCGACGGCGCGCCGCGCCUCCCGCACCGCACCCGGCCCCGCCGGCUCCGGCCCCACACGGACCGCGAGGCCCCUCGGUCCCCGCUCUGUCCCCGCUGCGUCCGGCUCGGUCCCGCUCCGUCCCCGCUGCGCCCCCCGCUCUGUCCCCACUGCGCCCCACUCUGCCUCCACUGCGUCCCCGCUCCGUCCCCGCUCGGUUCCGGCAGUGUCCCCGCUCUGUCCUCCGCUCGGUCCCCGCAGUGUCCCCCGCUCGGUCCCCGCAGUGUCCUGCUGCGUCCCGCCCGCCGAUCCCCGGCGAUGCUGCGCGGCGCCGCCUGGGCGCUGCUCCUGGCCGCCGCCCUGGGGCUCGGGGUGCGCGGGGUGCGCGGCGCGGUGGCCCUCGCCGACUUCUACCCGUUCGGCACGGAGCGCGGCGACGCUGUCACCCCCAAGCAGGACGACGGCGGCUCGGGGCUGCAGCCGCUCUCCGUGCCCUUCCCGUUCUUCGGCGCCGAGCACUCCGGACUCUACGUGAACAAUAACGGAGUCGUCUCCUUCCUGAAGGAGGUCUCUCAGUUCACCCCCGCGGCCUUCCCCAUCGCCAAGGACCGCUGCGUGGUGGCAGCCUUCUGGGCAGACGUGGACAAUCGGCGUGCAGGUGAUGUGUACUACAGGGAGGCCACUGACCCUGCCACGCUGCGCAGAGCCACAGAGGACGUCAGGCGCUACUUCCCCGAGCUCCAGGACUUCUCCGCCACCUGGGUCUUCAUAGCCACCUGGCACCGUGUGACCUUCUUUGGAGGCAGCUCCUCUUCCCCCGUCAACACGUUCCAGACUGUGCUCAUCACUGACGGCAAGUUCUCCUUCACCAUCUUCAACUACGAGUCCAUCACGUGGACCACAGGCACACACGCCAGCAGCGGGGGUGACACCACUGGCCUGGGAGGGAUCGCGGCCCAGGCUGGCUUCAAUGCGGGUGACGGGCGGCGCUACUUCAGCAUCCCCGGCUCGCGCACCGCGGACAUGGUCGAGGUGGAGACCACCACCAACGUGGGUGUGCCCGGGCGCUGGGCGUUCAGAAUCGAUGAUGCCCAGGUGCGCGUGGGGGGCUGCGGCCAUACAACCUCCGUGUGCCUGGCCCUGCGUCCCUGCCUCAACGGCGGCAAGUGCAUUGACGACUGCAUCACGGGCAACCCCUCCUACAGCUGCUCCUGCCUCUCAGGCUUCACCGGGAGGCGGUGUCACCUGGAUGUUAACGAAUGUGCUUCCCAUCCAUGUCAGAACGGCGGGACCUGCACACACGGCAUCAACAGCUUCAGCUGCCGAUGCCCAGCCGGCUUCGGGGGGCCCACCUGUGAGACAGCACUGUCUCCAUGUGACACCAGAGAGUGUGAGAACGGCGGCCGGUGCCAGGCGGAGAGCGGCUCGGCGGUGUGCCUGUGCCAGGCCGGCUACACGGGCACGGCCUGCGAGACGGAUGUGGACGAAUGUGCCUCGGGCCCGUGCCUGAACGGAGGCUCGUGUGUGGACCUCGUGGGGAAUUUCACCUGCCUGUGCUCAGAGCCGUUCGCGGGACCUCGCUGCGAGACAGGAAGCCACCCAGUGCCCGACCCCUGCCUCUCAGCCCCUUGCCAGAACGGGGGCACCUGUGUGGAUGCAGAGGAGGGCUACGUGUGCGAAUGCCCCCAGGGCUUCACUGGCCUCGACUGCAGGGAGAGAACCCCUGAGCACUGUGGGUGCCGCAAUGGUGGCAGAUGCCUAGAGGCCAACACCACCCUCUGCCAGUGUCCCCCAGGGUUCUUUGGGCUCCUCUGUGAAUUUGAAGUCACAGCCACGCCCUGCAACAUGAACACGCAGUGCCCGGACGGGGGCUACUGCAUGGAGUACGGGGGGAGCUACCUCUGCGUCUGCCACACUGACCACAACGUCAGCCACUCACUGCCAUCACCCUGUGACUCGGACCCCUGCUUCAACGGAGGCUCCUGUGACGCCCAUGAGGACUCCUACACUUGCGAGUGCCCCCGAGGGUUCCAUGGCAGGCACUGCGAGAAAGCCCGGCCACGCCUGUGCAGCUCAGGGCCCUGCCGGAACGGGGGCACGUGCAAGGAGGCAGGCAGCGAAUACCACUGCAGCUGCCCCUACCGCUUCACCGGGAGGCACUGCGAGAUCGGGAAGCCAGACUCAUGUGCCUCGGGCCCCUGUCACAAUGGCGGCACCUGCUUUCACUACAUCGGCAAAUACAAGUGCGACUGUCCCCCAGGCUUCUCCGGGCGGCACUGUGAGAUAGCCCCGUCCCCCUGCUUCCGGAGCCCCUGCUCGAACGGGGGUACCUGUGAGGACCUAGGCACAGACUUCUCCUGCCGCUGCCGAGCAGGGUACAUGGGACGCCGGUGCCAGGCGGAGGUGGACUGCGGCCCCCCAGCGGAGGUGAAGCAUGCCACGCUGCGUUUUAACGGCACUCGGCUGGGCUCGGUGGCCCUGUACAAGUGUGACCACGGCUACAGCCUGAGCUCCCCCAACCACGUCCGAGUCUGCCAGCCACAGGGCGUCUGGAGCGAACCUCCACAGUGCCACGAGACAGAUGAGUGCCAAAUGCAGCCUUGCAGAAAUGGAGGCUCCUGCCGGGACCUCCCGGGGGCCUUUGUCUGCCAGUGCCCCGCAGGCUUCACUGGAGUCCACUGCGAGACAGGUAGGGGCUGCGCUUGGGUGGGUCCCCUGAGCGGCUGGGCCCUCACCCACGAUCGCGAUGCCCCGGACACCCCGGGCAAACCUGUUUUCAACAAGCCUAGACCCUGGACCGCUGAGAGGGCAGAGGGAAGGGGCUGGGGCCCAUGGCCCAGCUGGACAGGCCCCCUGGUGGGAGGGACCCCAGGGCUGAGGGGGUUUGCCCAGCCCCCCCACCUGGCAUCUCUCCUCGGUUCCCCUUCCCUUCUUCCCGCUGUCCUCUCCUCCCUCCCCCAGACACCCCCUUGCGGCUCUGGCCGACUCUCUGGGUAUUCUCCAGAGGUGGAUGCCUGCGACUCCAGCCCCUGCCAGCACGGAGGCCGGUGUGAGAACGGUGGCGGGGCCUACCUGUGCGUCUGCCCAGAGGGCUUCUUCGGCUACCACUGCGAGACAGUGAGCGACCCCUGCUUCUCCAGCCCCUGUGGGGGCCGCGGCUACUGCCUGGCCAGCAACGGGUCCCACAGCUGCACCUGCAAAGUGGGCUACACGGGCAAGGAUUGCGCCAAAGAGCUCUUCCCGCCGACGGCCCUCAAGGUGGAGCGAGUGGAGGAGAGUGGGGUGUCCAUCUCCUGGCGUCCGCCUGAAGGUCAGGCCGCCAGGCAGAUGCUGGAUGGCUACGCGGUCACCUACGCCUCCUCGGACGGUGCCUACCGCCGCACAGAUUUCGUGGACCGGAGCCGCUCCUCGCACCAGCUCCGGGCCCUGGCAGCCGGCAGAGCCUACAACAUCUCCGUGUUCUCCGUCAAGCGCAACGCCAACAACAAGAAUGACAUCAGCAGGCCGGUGCUGCUCCUCACCCGCACACGACCCCGCCCCGUUGAGGGCCUUGAGGUCACCAACGUGACAGCCAGCACCAUCUCAGUGCGGUGGGCUCUGCACAGGAUCCGUCACGCAACGGUCAGCGGUGUUCGUGUGUCCAUCCGGCAUCCCGAGGCCCAGGAGGACCAGUCCACCGAUAUGGACAAGAGCGUGGACAAGUUCACGUUCGGGGCCCUGCUGCCAGGAAGGAGAUACACCAUCCACGUGACUGCCCUCAGUGGGCUCGGGGGACAGGAGCCUCCCACUGAGAGUCUGGCCUCGGCCCCGAUGCACGUGUGGACACGGCCCCUGCCACCAGCAAACCUGACUGCCGCCAGAGUCACGGCCACCUCUGCCCACGUGGUCUGGGACACCCCCACUCCGAGUACCUUGCUGGAGGCAUACGUCAUCAACGUGACCACCAGCCAGAGCACCAAAAGCCGCUACGUUCCCAACGGAAGGCUGACGUCCUACACGGUGAGGGACCUGCUGCCAGGGCGGCGGUACCAGCUCUCGGUGACAGCCGUGCAGAGCACAGAGGGUGACCAACUGCACAGCGAGCCUGCUCACCUCUACAUCAUCACCUCCCCAAGGGACGGCGCUGACAGACGCUGGCACAGGGAGGGACUCCAUCCACGGGUGCUCAGAAACAGACCGCCCCCCGUGCGCCUGCCGGAGCACCUGCUCAGUGACCGUGACGCCCCUGAAGCUCAGACCCCGGCCCCCAGGUUCUCGGAGCUUGUGGACGGCAGAGGGCGAGUGAGUGCCAAGUUUAGUGGCUCACCUGGCAAAUCGGUCACCGUGAGAUCACAACCCACGGCUCUCGCGCAGCUCGAGAACACGGAGGAGGCCCCCAAGCAGGCGCCUGAGCAGGUCGGCCUGGCCCUCCAGCUCCCUGAACGCAGCAGCGACAAGGACAUGGAAAACACUCCUGGGAACUGUUCAGAAAACCCCUGUCAGAACGGAGGCACCUGCGUGCCAGGUGUGGACACCCACAGCUGUGACUGCAGCCCAGGGUUCAAAGGCAGACGCUGUGAGCUGGCCUGCACCAAGGUGCCGCAGCCCUGCACUAGGCUCUUCUCCGAGACCAAGGCCGUGCCCGUCUGGGAAGGAGGAGCCUGCCACCACGUGUAUAAGAGAGUCUACAAGGUGCACCAGGACAUCUGCUUCAAAGAGAGCUGUGAAAGCACGAGCGGCAAGAAAACCCCGAACAGGUGCCAUCUCAGGGAGGAGGCCCACACAGUGUUCUGCGUAUAGUUCACAGGGUAACGGGGCAAAGGUGGCCCUGGGGACAGAGCGCUGUGGGCUGCCACAGUCCUGUGGGCUGAGCCAGGCUGUCUCGUGUGUUUGUCCAAAUGUCCAGCCCCGUAUGGACACUCCACUUAGAAACUGUGUGCAUGUACGUGUGCACCUGAACACGCACAGACUGGUCAAGCCAGGCAUGGUGGGUGCGGGGGAGACCACACAGUGGGUGCUGGGGGUCACACGGUGGGUGCUUAGAGGGUCUCUGGUUAUGCAUGUUCACACAGUACCUGUGGUUCACACAGUACCUGUGAAUUGGGAAGCAGGGGACAUCACUGACAGGUGCACAUAUGUAACUGCAAAUAUAGUAAAUCUCUACUUUUCAUUUACUCACAGCCAGGUUCUUUCCCCAAAGGGCCCCAGGGACUCACAGGAGUUAUUACAUAAUGUACUGCCCGAGUACAUUAUAUGCUUCCCAAACAGAAGAGUCCUCACCCCAGUCGCUCUGACAGACCAACCAGUAACCACACACCUUAGCUUUUGCAUUACUGACUGUCAGGGAAAGACCACAGUGUGCAAUUCGACACCUGCUUGGCCAAAUAUGUGCCUGUCCCUUCCACUCUCCUUCUCCUCCCCGUGACUCACAGCCGGUCAAGUGGGUGCACAGACACUAAAAUGCUAGUCUCUGCAUCAGCGCCUCGCUAACGGUGUUCCCCAAAAUGGAAUAUACCUGAGCCAAAGAAGGGAUCCCAGCAGGCAGCCUGGGCUCCAGGUACACAGUUUCUUUUCUGUUAAACCGCCUUUUUCUAUUUCAGGAAACAAAGUAACAACAGUCCCACACUGAAGAAAUCUUAGGUACAGGUAUGUUUCCCACCCCGGCUGGGUGGCUGGUGGAGCCGCUGGGAGGUCGGAGGGGCUGGCCCGGCAGGCGGGCUCCGGGAGGGCUGCCAUGUCCUCGGGGCCCAGCUGUACCCUGUUACAAACCCCCAGACCAGGGGGUUCAGAACUCUCUGAGGGGGCUACAACGGGAGAGAAAAAACAAAUACCCAAGGCCUCCGAAUACGCAUAAACCUGGUAGAGAUGCACCUGGGGGUGAGCACGAGUCUCACUCUACCUCAAGCAAAUGGAGAAACCCCUCCCAGCCCCCCAGCAGCAGCAGCAGCAGCAGGGGGCAGGACUGACGGGGGCUGCCGUGAGGGGUGGCGGCAGGUGGGGAGCUGGGAAGGGAGGGUGGUCAGAGGGGCCUGGGGAGACGCAGACCCAGGGGCGCAGGGGUUCAAAGGAGGGCUCCCAGACUCCAUGAAUGGCGAUACGUUGAAAGAAAAAAUGGGGUGAGGGACCUUGAUCACGUAACUUUGGGGAAGUCCUGACGACUCCCUCACUGGGCAAUUCCCAAUGGACGCAGAAAUCCUGAGCAUUCGGAAUCCUGGAAUGAAAGAAACUCUCUAGCCCUAUUCUUGUUUGAUCUGGCAUUUCCCAAACUCCCCUGGAAACUCCACGCCACCCGGCUUACUCGCCACCCAUAAACUCUGUCCAAGUCUUCCUAACAGGGACAUAUCGGGUUGAACCACGAAGACCCGUCUACAGCCCAGAAUCAGUCCCACGCUGAGCGUCACCGGGAAUAAGGUGGCACACCCCCCCCCCCCCACCCCACCCCGGGCAGCUCACUCCUCCUGCUCCAUAAAUGAGCCUCCCGAGUCCAUCCUCCUGGUGUUGAGAGGAAAGUGAGGCACCUCAGGGAACAGGCAGCUUCAGCACAGGCUAUACCGUCUUAUGGACUGAGGAGAUGGAGGAGGAAUGUUUCUCAGAGCCUUUCCAAACAAGCAGAAGCAAAAGAGCCUCCCAGGGGAGGCGCCACCACAGGAAGUGCGUCCACCCCAGCCAAGCGGGGAAAGCCGAGGCUGGGGUCCGCACAGCGCGGCCUUGGCAGCCGUCCCCGGGCCGACUUCUCAACAAGCCUCUGCGUUCAGCUUGUCUACCCAAAGGCAUCAUUCCCCUCCCAUUUCAUACCCCACAGACACACAAUGCAACACACGCCCCACGGCUCGCGAGCAAUUUGCUACCGGGACAAGAACCCGCAAGUAUAGCUUGGGUCUGAAACCUUUGUAUCACAAUAAGUCACCUGAAAGAAUAGUACCUUUCUCUAAAACUCAACAAGUCCAUUAGUAUAAGAACAAAUCAGAAACCCUCAAUUAACUCCCAGAUCAUCAAAUACUAGCUUCCAGGACACCCAUUCUUCAAACAAUGGAGAAAACACCACCAACAGGAGUUCAUUUCAAUCCAGAGCAACAAGGGACAGCCUGUGUCUUCAGAGCCAAAAUUCAAGGGCAUCGCCUAACGGAAGGGAGCAGCCGGCGGCCUGCGGUGCCGCCCGAACACCCCUACCGCGGGGUCGUGCAGCCAGAGCUCCUCGGCACACCUGCCCUCCCCCUGCUGAGUGUUGGAGGGCUCAGCGAGGCUCUGAUGCGACAGGAACACGGGGCCACCUGGGGGCGGGGACCGAGCACCGCUAAGGGAACAGGAAGCUGCGUUUCAAAGAGGUAUGGGUAUCCCUCUCCUCACGCCCCGUUCUCUUUCUCCUUCAAAGGAUUCAGGACGUCCUUGUUACACUCCAUCAACCUCGUGAGCUUCCAGAGCCCAGAAAGACGGGGCUAAAAGUGGACUGAGACGGGCGCCUGAGACAUCAGGUCCUGGCUAGCGCCCGAACCCUCUGCAGCUUCCCUCCCCCGCCUCUACGAGACAGACGGCCAAGGCCUCGCCAGGGACGCCCUCUGGGCUGAGUCACCUCCAGGCUCCGCCACUUCUAGCAGCCCGUGCUGUAAGCCCGGCUGCCGUUUCCUACGGGGACAGCCCAGGCAUCGGCCCGGAUAAGCGAGGCAGCCAGCCAGGAACGCUCCUGCGACAUCCAGACACCUGCUCCGGGACUCCGAGGUCGGGGGGGCAGCUCUCCCCCGGAGACCUCACAGUCACGCUGAGGAUGAGCGGCUCUCAAGCCCCCCAGGCAGAGGCGGCGGCGCCAGGAAGGGGCCGCGAUGAGGCGCCACCGCGAGGGAAGCCGAGGGCUGGGUGCCCGUCGGACCCUCCUCCACCAUCGCCCCCGCUCGUCUGCUGCAGGCGCAACCCGGCACCCGGUCCAGCAGAUUGGAAAGAGAAAGUACAAUAAAUACGAAGAUGGGGUUUACACACUUCCAGCCUCCAACCCUUUCCCAAACAGUGACUAUUUUUGGCUGCGUGGACCAGACGGUCUCCGCGGCAACGACUCAGCUCCGCGUUCACAGCAGCGCUGCCACAGACGUGUGACCGGACAGGUGUGGCUGUGUUCCAGUAAGACCUCAUCUACCCACUUGGCUAAGCCCCGCUCGAUCGGGUCACCCAGGCCUCAGCCUCGCGCAGAGAAAGCCAUGCCCCGAUGACGCACCUCAGCAGCAAAGACCCCAGAGCUGCACGGAAGCCCCGCGCGAGCCCCCCAACUCGGGAAGCCGAGGGGGUACCCACGGCGCACAGCAGGGGCUCCUUCCUCCUCUCGGGGCCGGGUGCCACAGAGACCCGAUCACGCCGGAGAUGCUCAGCCCGUGCCUUGAGCGACACUGCUGUAGGCAGUCGGCUCGCGGCCGUUCACACACUUCGUCUCUGCAAGCAGGGGGCCACGCAGCCUCGCCACAUAUGCCUUCCAGAGUCUUCUACCAGCAGUCUUCUCCCUGAGGAGGCCAAAAGCAAGCAAGCCAACCCACCUCGAGUCGCGUACAUUUUAGGAGCCGACCCAACAUGAACUCGAGCCCCUGGGCGCCUCCCACAGACACUGCCCCAAGUCUGCAUUCCAGCACAGAGAGGGCUCCUUCCCGUCAUCUUUUCUAAAAACACUUUUUUGAAGAGUUAGAGUAUAUUUUAGGCUUUUUGUUUUCAUUAAAAUUUUGUGUGCAUA